AUGACUUGUCACAUCCACACAUCCACAGUAUUUUGUUCCCAUUGGCUGGAGAGAAUCAACCAACCAACGUCCAAUCAGAAAAAUGGUAGGCGUAAACCACUUCAUGACGAUUCUCCUACUCGAACAGAAGCGGAUCCAGAGGAAACAUCCGAUCCCCCUCCAUUGCGAUACCGUUCCUUGCGUGUUUUUAUGCACGACGACCGCCAUGUCAUGGCCAAGCAUUCUGCAAUCUACCCUUCUCAGGAAGAAUUGGAGAAUGUGCAAAACAUGGUCUCCCACACAGAACGAGCUCUGAAAGCAGUCUCAGACUGGCUGGAUAAACAAGAGAAGUGUGAUGGUGAUGGUGCAGAUACUGAAAAAGAGAGUGAGCCCAAAGAACAAGCCACACGUACCCUUCGUGGUGUGAUGAGAGUGGGCCUUGUUGCUAAGGGCCUAUUGUUGAAAGGCGAUCAAGACCUUGAGCUUGUUCUCCUUUGUAAGGACAAGCCAACCAUCAAUCUUCUAACAAAGGUUGCAGAGAACCUGUCUACACAGCUUAAGGCCAUCACAGAAGAUGAGUAUGUUGUGAGUCAACACAUCCGGGAGGCCGCUAUUAUCAUUGAAAAUACAAAGGAACCGCCUCUGACCCUAACCAUUCACCUGACGUCUCCGUUAGUUCGAGAGGAGAUGGAGAAGGCUGCUGCUGGCGAAACGCUAUCAGUCAACGAUCCCCCGGAUGCUCUGGACAGGCAGAAAUGCAUUACUGCCUUGGCGUCUCUUCGCCACGCUAAGUGGUUCCAGGCCAGAGCCAACGGGCUGCGCUCCUGUGUAAUUGUUAUUCGGGUUCUAAGGGAUCUGUGUGCUUGCAUCCCCACAUGGACCCCACUUGGUGGCUGGCCACUGGAGUUGAUCUGUGAAAAAGCCAUUGGCACUGGAAACCGGCCCAUGAUGGCAGGAGAAGCAAUGCGCAGAGUCUUAGAAUGUCUCUCUUCAGGAAUCCUGAUGCCAGAUGGAGCUGGAGUUGCUGAUCCGUGUGAAAAAGAACCUACAGAUGCUAUAGCUCACUUGGAUUAUCAGCAGAGAGAAGACAUCACAUUGAGUGCACAAUAUGCCUUAAGGCUGUCAGCCUUUGGACAGAUUCACAAAGUGCUUGGAAUGGAUCCGCUUCCCUCCAAGAUACCCAAGAAAACUCCUGGACCACGAAUUGAUUAUAUAGUGCAAAUCCCACCCAGUACUGCAUAUGCCCCACCAAUGAAGCGACCCAUUGAGGAGGAGGAAGAGGGAAUUGAAGACAAGAGUCCCAAUAAGAAGAAGAAAAAACUGCAGAAGAAAUCUGCAGAGGAUAAGUCUGAUCCUCCCCAGGCUAUGAACGCCUUGAUGCGACUCAACCAGCUGAGGCCUGGUUUACAGUACAAGCUGAUAUCACAGACAGGCCCGGUCCAUGUUCCUGUCUUCACCAUGGCUGUAGAAGUUGACGGCAAGACCUUUGAAGCAUCCGGUCCAUCUAAACGGACAUCCAAGCUACAUGUAGCUGUCAAGGUACUGCAAGACAUGGGUUUACCAACAGGAAUGGAAGUAAAAACUCCAGACCCACUAAAACCUGAUGAUACCACUAUAACGGACACUGUGGAGGAUGUGAAGCUAGAAGUAACAGCCACUGAAGUUGCACCCAUGCCUACGGGAACAGCUAGUACAGAUUCCACUGAUGCUGCAGAGACCACGCGUCAACAGGGACCAAUCCUGACCAAACAUGGCAAGAACCCUGUGAUGGAGCUGAACGAGAAGCGCCGCGGCCUGAAAUAUGAGCUCAUCUCGGAAACUGGAGGCAGCCAUGACAAACGCUUUAUCAUGGAGGUCGAUAUUGAUGGGGAGAAGUUCCAGGGGACCGGACCCAACAAAAAAGUGGCUAAGGCUUACGCAGCACUAGCAGCUUUGGAGCAGCUCUUCCCUGAGGGUUCUGUGACUGAAGUGGUUAAAAAGAAAAAGGGACCACCAAUGAACAAUGAAUUCUAUGGCGUGAUGGGACCUCCUGGAGAUGCCACUAUGCCCAGGGGUAGAGGAAGAGGACGAGGUCGUGGAAGGGGCAGAGGUUACAAUAACGGAGGGGGCUUUGGCCUAGGAGGCUUCGGGACAUAUGGCUAUGGCCCCAACUCCAUGUUUGAAUACAAUUACUACAACAAUGGUGGUGCAAAUGGAGGAUGCGGGUUCUCGGGUGGGACUCCGACCAAUACAGCACAGGGAUCAGGCCAAAGCUCAUAUGGCUCAUACUAUGAUGGUGAUGGAGGCUACAAUUCCAUGGCUGCUGCUAAAAACACCAAAAAGAAACCUACAAGGGGUGGGAAGUCUUUUCAGGUUCCCUCAAGUGGGAAUACUGCAUCUACAGGGAGUUACCAAGCCAGCAAUACUUCUGGACAGGUCAGCUAUAAUCAGUACGGCCAGGGCUAUGGUCAGACAAAGAAGAAUUAUAACCAGGGAGGUGCAAGUGGCUACUCUUACAGCACAGCGUACCCGAGCCAGGUGACUGGGGGUGGAGGAAACCAGGACUACAAUUAUGAUGGUUUCAACAAUCAGUCCAAUUACAACACGCAGGGUGCUGGAGAUAACCAGGGUUACAACACCAGCCAGACACAGUACAAUCCUGGAAACUACAACAAGGGGGACACUAGCGGAAAUUACCAGUAUAGAUAG